GGAGGAAAAGGAAAAGGAAGCGGGCAGGUCUUAAAGGGGCCGCAGCCAUUUUUUUAAGCCUCUUUUUCCUUUCUCCAAUUUUGCAAGGCCGAACGCAGAAGAGUAGGUUUCUGGAAGCCGAGCACAGCUGGAGCAGCAGGGGCCGCAGCUGGAGGCGGGAGCGCCUGCGGGGCGGGCAGAGGCGUGGGUCUGCCCAUAGGAAGGGCGUGGUGUGCGCGCGCCCUGCGCCCCGCGCACAUCUGGGUCGGCCCAUGCUCCGGCCGGCAGCGACUUUUAACAUCUGGGGCCAGGCGGGAGCAGUAGGGGCCUGCGCGCAGUUGGCGCGGCGGAUGCGCCGGGCCGGAGGGUGAGGCCGCGCAGCGGGGCUGGGACAGAGCUGGCGCUUCCAGAUCCGGCCCGGGGCGACAAGAGGGCCGCCGCGAUGCCAGGCGAAAAUAUCUUCUUGUUUGUGCCUAACCUCAUCGGUUAUGCCCGGAUUGUCUUCGCCAUCAUUUCUUUCUACUUCAUGCCCUGCUGCCCCCUGACGGCCUCCUCCUUCUACCUGCUCAGCGGACUUUUGGACGCUUUCGAUGGACACGCUGCUCGAGCCCUUAAUCAAGGGACCCGGUUUGGGGCCAUGCUGGACAUGCUGACGGACCGCUGCUCCACCAUGUGUCUGCUGGUCAACCUGGCCCUGCUGUACCCUCGCGCCACCCUUCUCUUCCAGCUCAGCAUGAGCUUGGAUGUGGCCAGCCACUGGCUGCACCUCCACAGUUCUGUGGCCCGCGGCAGUGAAAGUCACAAGAUGAUUGACCUGUCUGGAAAUCCAGUGCUCCGCAUCUACUACACCUCCAGACCUGCUCUGUUUACCCUGUGUGCUGGAAAUGAGCUCUUCUACUGCCUCCUCUACCUGUUCAAUUUCUCCGAGGGACCUUUAGUUGGCUCUGUGGGUCUUUUCCGAAUGGGCCUCUGGAUCACUGCCCCGAUCGCCUUGCUCAAGUCCCUCAUCAGUGUCAUCCACCUGAUCACAGCUGCCCGCAACAUGGCUGCCUUGGAUGCGGCAGACCGUGCCAAGAAGAAGUGACCCUGGAACCUCUGGCCCCUGGCUGCCCACCUGCCCUGGGUGUCUCGCUGUGCCACACGCCUCGCCUCUCUCCUAGGAGGUCCCAGGCUCACGUCUUCCUAAUGUGUUGUCCAGCCUGCUGAGAAGGGGGUCAGCCUCUUUGGCAAUGUCAUGUUCUCCGUAAUCCUGAGGACCAAUCCCUACCCCUGUGAUCCCCAAGGACCUGGACUUCAGAUCAGGAAGGGUGCUUAGAAGGCCCCACCCAUAUGGGCCGUGCUCCUGUGGCACCAAGAGGCCUGUCUGAGUACUGGGCAUUGUCACACCCACUGGCUCAACCCUGGGGUCUGGCUUGGCCUGAGACCUUAGGGACACUUGAGUGCAAGAGAUGGAGUAGGGGCCAGGUUUCCCAAAAGGCAGGGAGUCAGACUUCUGCCCCUGGCCAGAGGAAGUCUGUGGGUACCAUGGCCUGAAGAGAAGGGACCGUCUAGAUCCUUCCCCGUUGCAGUCUCCUCU